AUGGGCGGCGGUGACGGGGUGAUGGGCGGGUACUCCGGCGCGUGGGGGGGCGCGGGGGGGACGGCAUCCCCCACAGGUGCCCGAGGCGGCGGUGAAGCGGGUGGUGGCGACCGUGAGGGGGGUGAGCGUGGCAGGGGUGAGGGUGGUGGUGGUGAGGGGGGAGGUGGUGCCGAGCGUGGUGGUGGUGGUGGCGGUGAGCGUGGUGGCGGAGAAGGCGGCGGCGGCGGUGGUGGUGGAGGCGAGGGUGGUGGAGGUGAUGGUGGUGGUGGUGGCCGUGGCGGGGGUGAUGGCGGUGAGCGUGGCGGGGGUGAGGGUGGUGGUGGUGGCGAGGGUGGUGGUGGAGCUGGGUUUCGGGGUGAUGGUGAUAGGGGUGGAGGGAGGUUGGGGGGCGGUGGCGAUUGUGGCGGUGGCGGUGGAGACCUAAACACUCGGAUGUGGGGCGGAGGCAGGCGGCUCAUCGGGGGUGAAGGUGGUUAUGGAAAUUAA